AUGACUUCGGUGGACAGCGACAGCAACGUUCCGGUGGAUCCUAGGGUGCAGAUUGAGCUAGAAAAGUUAAACGAAGCAACUGACAACAUCAACAAAUAUGAAGUCGAUCUGGACGAAGCGAAAAACGAAUUUCGCGAGCUACUUCGCGAAAGCGCGGAAAAGAUAAAGGCGGUCGCAAAAAAGGUUGGCAACUCGAUCGAUGCCGCGAAACCCUACUAUGAGGCACGGCUGUACGCGUCCCAGCUAGCGAAAGAAACGCAGCAGUGUGCGCUAAACUUCGACAAGGCCAAAUCGGUACAUGCCGCCGCGAAGGAGAUGGUCUACCUGGCGGAACAGGGCCUGGGUGAGAAAUCGACGCUCGAUACGGCAUGCCAGGAGAUGCUAACCCACGCGACAACACGUGUCAACGAGAGCCAGAACGAGUGUACCGAGAUGCGGAACGUGCUGAAGAUUAGCGAGCUAAAGCUGGAGGUGGCUAACAAUCGGGUCUGCAAGCUGCACUCCCAGCUAAAGGGUGCGAUCCGGGCGUCAAGUUUCGAUAUCCGGCGCAAUCUUUUGUUGAUGAACAUUAUAGCGUACCAGCAUGAGUUGCUUUUUCUGCCGUACUAUGAGCUGCGGGCCAACUACAAUGCGCUGCUGCUGGAACAGAAGCAGAAGGUGGUGGAGCUCGAAACGAAGGUAGCCGAGUCGAAGUUACGUUACAACGAGGCCUUGUCGAACCUGGAACGCAUCUCGGAAGAGAUCCACCGGCAGCGAAAGGCACGUGCUAACAGCCUAGACGAAGACGGUGGCGGUUCCGGUUCGUCCUCGUCGUCCGCGGUGGCCGGACGGGGUGGAAAGAUGUUGGCGACGAUGCACCUCCCGUUCAGCAAAUCACCAUCGGCGGCUCGAAUCGAUAGCAACGACGAAUAUCUCGAGUUUCCCGCCAAACUUUCCAUCAAGGCAAGCCCGAUCAAGCAGAAGUAUCUGGACAAGCUGGACUGUCCGCAUCUGCUGAAGGACUUUGCGCGCAAGACGAGCCCGAGCGGCGAGAGCGACUCGGACAACUAUCAGUUCUCGCCGAAUCCAACGAUCGACGACAUUACCAACAUGUCGUCGGAAGACAUCGAACAGUGGACGGAGAUACGGUUGUCCAACUCGAACAGCAGCAGCUCGGGAUACUCGCAGCACAACUCGCUGGUGCUCGAGGACGCACCGACGCCGCAGGACGAAACGACCGAUUCAUCGUCCGAGGAUAGCCCGAAAGCGAAGACGCGGAUCAUAAAGAUGGAAAUGUAUCAGCCGGAGGGUGGAGCGCGGCGUACGGACGGGAUCGCCGGUUGGAUCGCGAAGACAGGGAGUGUGGUUGGUUCGGCUGCUGGGUCCGGGUCGAGUGCUAGUAGCAAUAAUAACCCCAGCAACACCACCAGCAGUACCGGGCGCCGCCAAAGUCUGGACAUUAUCAUCGAUACGGGCGAUCGGGUGAAGGAUGUGUUUGCCCAGGGCAUCCAGCGCAUCGGCAAAACGCUCGAGCGGCGUAACAGCGAAUCGGAGGUGGCGCGGGACGAAUCGGCCGGAAGUGAUUUUUUUCUCUUCCAGCGCUCGGAUCCUGCAAAGGAUGGUCUGUCGGAUGAGCAGGUGGAGAACCUUCUUCUAGAUCAGGACUGUACCGACAUCUUUCAGAACGUGGUAAACAUAUCAAAAUGAGGCCGGCCCGCAUCCGUCCCUGCCGGCGGCGCCACGCUGCCGGUGCGGACGGACGGGCUCCGCCAACCAGA